GGGUAUAAAUAGUUGUCAUGCUAAUGCACCAAGAUGAUCUCCGUCUUCAUGCACCAAACGGAGCAGCAAAAGCAGUCAUGACUCUUAUUACCAACCAUGCCCUUCCUCACCCCCAACGCGCUUGCUUCACUCGUCGAAUCGGCUGUGUCGACUCACUCUUCCGUCCUCGGCCGAGCCGCCCAUGCCCAGAUCAUCAAGACUCUCGAAGCUCCCCUGCCUUCCUUCCUCUACAACCACCUCAUCAACAUGUACUCCAAACUCGACCUCCCCAACUCAGCCCAACUCGUCCUGUCACUCACGCCUAACCGUUCCGUCGUCACCUGGACUGCCCUCAUCGCCGGCUCUGUCCAAAACGGUCGUUUCACUUCCGCCCUCCUCCAUUUCUCUACCAUGCGUCGUGAGUGUGUCCAACCCAACGACUUCACCUUCCCUUGUGCCUUCAAGGCCUCGAGCUCGCUUCGAUCGCCGCUCACCGGUAAACAAGUUCAUGCAUUAGCCGUCAAGGCCGGUCAAAUAAGCGACGUCUUUGUGGGGUGUAGUGUCUUCGAUAUGUAUUGUAAAACGGGCCUUAGAGAUGAAGCAGGUAAGAUGUUCGAUGAAAUGCCGGUGAGAAACACCGCAACAUGGAAUGCAUAUAUUUCUAAUUCCGUGCUUGAUGGUCAAACAAGAAAUGCCAUUUCUGCAUUUAUCCAGUUCCGGCAUAUUGGCGGGGAACCCAAUUCAAUUACAUUCUGUGCGUUUCUCAAUGCAUGCUCGGAUGCCUUGUAUUUGCAGCUUGGGCGACAGUUGCAUGGAUUUGUAAUUCGAAGUGGGAAUGAGGCGGAUGUCUCUGUUGCAAAUGGGUUGAUUGAUUUUUAUGGGAAAUGUCACCGGAUUAAUUCUUCAGAGCUAGUUUUUAAUGGACUUCGUCAUCCUAAUGACGUUUCGUGGUGUUCAAUGCUUGCCGCAUAUGAGCAAAAUGAUGAAGAAGAGAAGGCCUGUAUGAUAUUUUUGCGGGCUAGUAAAGAAGGCGUUGAACCGACGGAUUUUAUGGUUUCCAGUGUUCUCAGUGCUUGUGCUGGCUUGGCGGCACUUGAAUUGGGUAGGUCGGUCCACGCACUUGCUGUCAAGGUGUCCAUUGAGAAGAAUGUUUUCGUUGGGAGUGCACUCGUUGACACGUAUGGAAAAUGUGGAAGUAUAGAGGAUUGUGAAAGUGCCUUUCAUGAGAUGCCUGAGAGGAAUUUGAUUACUUGGAAUGCAUUGAUUGGUGGGUACGCACACCAAGGCCAUGCUGACCUGGCUUUGGGAAUGUUUGAGGAAAUGGCAUGUGGGAGGCACGAGGUGGUACCAAAUUAUGUAACGUUAGUGUGUGUACUAUCGGCAUGCAGUAGGGCUGGAGCGGUGAAGGCGGGCAUGGAGAUUUUUGAGUCAAUAAGAAUGAGGUAUGGGAUUGAACCAGGGGCAGAGCAUUACGCAUGUGUUGUGGACAUGCUUGGUCGAGCCGGGAUGGUAGAACAAGCUUAUGAGUUUAUUAGAAAAAUGCCAAUUCAUCCAACAGUUUCAGUUUGGGGGGCUCUUUUAGGGUCUUGCAGAGUGUAUGGAAAGCCUGAAUUGGGGAAGAUUGCAGCUGACAACUUAUUUGAACUUGAUCCACAGGACUCUGGCAACCAUGUCUUGCUUUCAAACAUGUUUGCGUCUGCAGGCAGAUGGGAAGAAGCCAACCUUGUGAGAAAGGAGAUGAAGGAUGUAGGGAUAAAGAAGGGCACUGGAUACAGUUGGAUCUCCGUACAAAACGCAACCCAUGUCUUCCAAGCAAAGGAUACCUCUCAUGACAGAAAUUCCGAGAUUCAGGCAAUGUUAUCUAAGCUGAGGAGAGAAAUGAAGGCAGCUGGCUAUGUACCUGACACCAACUUUGCUCUCUACGAUUUAGAAGAGGAAGAGAAAGAAACCGAAGUUUGGUACCACAGCGAGAAGAUUGCUCUUGCCUUUGGCCUCAUUACCAUCCCUCCUGGAGUCCCUAUAAGAAUAACGAAAAAUCUUAGGGUCUGUGUGGAUUGCCAUAGUGCCAUUAAGUUCAUAUCAGGCAUUGUUGGCAGAGAAAUUAUUGUAAGAGACAACAACCGGUUUCAUCGAUUUAAAGAUAACCAAUGCUCUUGCAGAGAUUACUGGUGAUUACUGGUUCUCUGUCUCUCUUAAAGCUUUUCAAAAGAAACUCGUGUUCUUCAUUUAUUUAUUUAUUUAUUUUUAAAGAGACAGUUAUAGUUAUAAUUUGUUAAUAUGACCAAAAUGAUUCUUCACGUUGGAGCAAAAUGUUGCUUUGUUUUAACA